GCCCAACCAUGAAGAGCCUCACGAAGAUGAGAGCGGGACGGGCAGACGCCGGCAAGGUCUACUUAGUCUACUUUGCCAAAUGGCCCGCGCGACGCGAGACUUGCUCAUCCCUACCCAGGUCCGGUAUCUCGAGACGCCGGCGCAGGAGGAGCAUUUGCAGAGCACGAGGGAGGAGGCGGGGCAGCACAUCAACCUCGAGGCCCCGGAUCCGGUCGAAGCUCUCGAAGCGGCCCGAAGGCCAGAAGAGCCACCCCGUAUGCCUUCAGAGCUCGACGAGGCUGAUGGGCCUGCAGCAAGGCUGGCAUCCGCAGCUACUGCACCUUUGGAAAAGGCCAAGCCCGCCGAGCCUGCCAAGGAGCCGGAAUCCACAACCGAGGCCUCGCGUUUGGCUCUGCCCUCGGAUGCAAUGCCCACGCAGGUUUCAGGAGGAGCCGCAGCAGGUGCGAAGGAAGUGCCAUUGCAUCCUGCGGAUGCUGCCCCGGAGCAAAAGGAAGCCGCCGAGCCCUCCGAGCCCGCCACGGAGGAGCCGGAGUCCAAAGCCGAGGUAGCCAUCUACAGCCUGCGGGACGAGGACGGCCUGCUGGCGUACUGCAGGGAUGCCAAGGUGCGGCUCGUCCGCGCCGAUUUCCUCCGGGAGCUCCUGGCAGAGGGCCGCACCAUGCCCCGGCGCCAGGAAGCCGAGGGGAUGCGGACCAAGGACGGCCGCCCGGCCCUGCUGGCCCAGGAGGAGCUGGAGGCGAAGCUGCCAGGCGGCCAGGUGGGCUUCACCCACCGCUUCUCGGUCAUGGCUCUGUCGCACUCGUGGGAGAGCCGCGAGAUCCCGGACGUGGCCAGGUUCCAGCUGGGAGUGCUGGUAGAAGCAUUGGACACCUUCGCGGAGAUCCUGGAGAAGAUCGCCCCGGCCCAGAAACUCGCAGAGGACUGGGAGGCGGCGAUCUUCGUCGAUUACAUCUGCUUAUAUCAGUUCCCAAGAACUGAAGAGCAGGACGUCUACUUCGCGAAGGGCAUGGCCCACAUGCACCUCCUCUACGCGCAUGAUGAUACCUGGUCACUAAGGAUCGAGGACCUGACGCCCGGCCUCCACGACCGGCCCCGGCCCGAGCUGCCUGGGACCGCUAAGGUCUUCUACCUCCCCGACAACGCCGUGACGGAUGUGGCGCUGGCCGAGCUGCGGGACACCGACGAGACAGGUAGCUGCGGUGCGGGAUGCCACUUCGGCUGCAGCCCGCCCUGCCCGCAGCUGCACCGGAACAGCACGCCGUACCUGCAGCGCGGCUGGUGCAGGGCGGAGGUGCAGUGGUCGCUGGCCCGGACUGCCCCCUGGAGGAGCAUCAGGAUUCCCUUCCGCGAAGGCCGGAACUCAGAGGCGCCCAUGGCGCCCGCGGAGUUCCGCGCCCAAGCGGAGAAGGGGACCCUGAAGUUCACUCACAGGUCGGACCUGGAGCCGGUGCUGCAACUCCAGGCCAAGGUCUUUCGGGAGAAGGCGGCCGAGGCCACGGAGCUGGUUCUGGUGCAGCUGCCCGAAGCCCAGGUGCAGGUGCUGGCCCGGGCGCUGCCGCACUACGAGCGGCUGGAGGUGGUGGAAGUGGACAACAGCGAGCUGGCCGGCGAGGGCUUCCAGGCAGGAGAGCGCGCGCCCCUGCAGAGCAUGCCCCGAGCCCUGGUGCGGGCGCUGCCGUGGAGCCGCCUGCGAGAUCUGGAGCUGACGGACUCCGGCUUCGGAGAUGCAGAGGCCGAG